GAGGGGCGGGGAGAAGGGGCCGAGCCGCCCGCCGGGGCUGAGAGCCCGCCCGGCACCGCGCUGAGAGCCCGCUGGCAGCUGCUGUCACCGCGGCGGCUGAGCCGCCCACCUGCCGCCUACGGCUGGCGGCGGGGGAGGGAGGCAGGAAAGGGAUAAACUUCAAACUUGGCCGGGCGGGUAGGGAGCCGCAUGGAUGUGCCCGUCCCUCGGCGCUGACUCGCAGCCCGCGGCGCGCUGUGGGGCGGCCGCUGCCCGGGGAGCGCGGGGCGCCGCCGCGCCGCUUCCUCCGCCGCCGGCCAUGGGGCGCGGGGCUCAGCCCGGCCCCUGAGCGCGCCGCCUCCCCCCGCUCCGGGCUGCCGCCGCCUCCCCGCCCGCCGCCACCUGCCUCUCCCUCCGCUGCGCCGCUGCCGACCUGAGGCCCUGGCUAUCGGCUUCUCUUCGCGCUGCAGCCCGACCGAAAUGGAGCCGUCCGCGGGAAGCCGCCGGGAGUGAUCCCCGCUUUCCCACCGACCCACUGGCCGCCCCCUCGGCGCCCGCGCUCGCUCCGAUGGAGCUGGAGGAGACGCCGCUCGCCCCUCCGAAAACCAUGCUGCUUAUGCUGAGGAAAGUUCGCAAGAGGCGGGAGAUGCUGCUGCAGCAGCUGGGCUUCAUCUGCGCCAUCCUCUUCUUCGCCUGGUGCAUGUCCAGCCUGCUCUCCCGAGCGGGCCAAGAUUCAGCUGUUGCAGACAGAAGCAUUGUAUCAGGAAUAUGGAGGAAUAGAAGGUUGAUGGCAUCACCUAAUGGGACACAUGAAGAGAAUUGUACAGAGCCAGCCAUUAAUGAGUUUCCUGAAGAUAUAUUUACAAAUAAAGAACGUCAGCAAGGAGGAAUUCUGCUUCAUAUCAUUGCUGCUCUUUAUAUGUUUUACGCUUUGGCCAUAGUAUGUGAUGACUUCUUUGUUCCAUCCUUAGAGAAAAUUUGUGAGAAACUACAUUUGAGUGAAGAUGUUGCUGGAGCCACAUUCAUGGCAGCCGGGAGCUCCACCCCAGAACUCUUUGCAUCUGUUAUAGGUGUAUUUAUCACUCAUGGAGAUGUAGGAGUUGGAACCAUUGUUGGUUCAGCAGUUUUCAACAUCCUCUGCAUUGUUGGUGUCUGUGGACUGUUUGCAGGACAGGUGGUUUGUCUCACCCAGUGGGCAGUGUUCCGGGAUUCUAUAUACUACACAAUAUCUGUCAUCGUACUUAUUGUGUUCAUAUAUGAUGAGGAAAUAGAAUGGUGGGAAAGCCUUGUGCUCAUCAUUAUGUAUUCAUUCUACAUACUUAUCAUGAAGUACAAUGUGAGGAUGCAAAAUUUCUUCAGCCUUAAAAGCAAGAAUGUUGGAAAUGGUGACACAGUCAACAAUGAGCUGGAAGAUGUGAAGGGGAUCCAGCAGUAUGGCAAAAACAGUGUUGUGAUGGUGGAUGAGAUAAUCUGCUCCAGUCCUCCCAAAUACCGGUUCCCUGAAGCUGGAUUACGGAUUAUGAUCACAAAUAAGUUUGGACCACGCACCAGAAUGAGGAUGGCAAGCAGACUCAUCAUUAAUGAGCGCCAGCGGUUAAUCCAAUCUGCCAAUGGCUCAAGCAAAGCUCUUCAGAACAGGAGACAAGAGAAUAUUGAAAAUGGAAACAUCCCUGUGGGGAACCAAGAGGAGGAAAAUGAACAGGACAGUCUAACUCCAUUUUCAGUGCCAGAUGGAAAAAUGAACAAAAUUAAAUGGCUUUUGACAUGGCCAUUGAUAUUCUUGCUGUUUACCACAAUUCCAAACUGCAGCAAACCACGCUGGGAGAAGUUCUUCAUGCUGACAUUCAUCUUGUCCACUCUCUGGAUUGCCUUGUUCUCCUACUUCAUGGUGUGGAUGGUGACUGUGAUUGGAUACACCCUUGGGAUACCAGAUGUGAUCAUGGGCAUUACUUUUCUGGCUGCAGGAACGAGUGUCCCAGACUGCAUGGCCAGCUUGAUAGUAGCAAGGCAAGGCCUUGGUGACAUGGCAGUAUCCAAUACAGUUGGGAGCAAUGUCUUUGACAUUCUGGUGGGACUUGGUGUUCCAUGGGGUUUGCAGACCAUGGCGAUCGAUUAUGGAUCAACUGUCAGAAUAAACAGCAAAGGAUUGGUUUAUUCAGUUGCACUUUUGCUAGGAUCAGUGGCACUUACUGUGUUUGGAAUCCAUGUAAAUAAGUGGAAACUUGACAGGAAGUUAGGCAUCUACGUGUUGCUUCUUUAUGCUAUUUUCCUGUGUUUAUCUAUAAUGAUCGAGUUCAAUGUCUUCACCUUUGUCAACUUCCCUAUGUGCCGAGAAGAACUUGCAAUGGGAUUCCUGGGCAUCAGAGCUUUGCUGACCCCACCUUACAUAAUUAAUGGUAACAAAGUUCCUCAGCUCUGCUUACCAGGGACUCCCUUGCUGUGUUUCAGCCCCGUUGGAGAUAUCAGCGAAGAGGGGAAAGAGACACAUCUCUGCCAGACCAGUGCUGUGCGAAAUUGCCUCCAGCUUCCAGGGAUCAGCAUCCUUGACAAACUCAUCAAGACCUGUCCCGUCUGGCUUCAGCUGAACAUGAGCCAGGAAAUGGCUGGGGCGAUCCUUGGCAAAGAAACAGCAGGGAUAUUCUUAGUUAGAAAAGAGGGUAAUGUGAGCAACAUGGUCCUUGCAGUCCGCUUGCCAGUGCAGAACGAGGCUCCUGGUGUGCUGGAGUACAACAUUAAAGAAGAAAAAUCAAUCCUGUACCUGGAAGGAUCUGUCCUUGUAUUUGAAGAUGUUUUCAAAUUGGUCGCCUUCUACUGUGUCAGUAGGGAUUUGCUGCCCUUUACCCUGAAGCUGCCACAAGCAAUAUUAGAAGCCAGUAGCUUUCAAGACCUUGAAAUUAUCUCCAGUCUGGGGAUAGAUUUCUGGGAUUCCUAUUUAAACCAUAGAAGACAGGACUUAUCCCGCCCUGCAAAAGACUCUGCUUUCAGCACUGCUCAGGCAGACAGUUUAAGACCAACCCAGUGUUUUGCAAGUAGCACAAACCACUGCUCAUGUGAAAUUGAGCUGUCAAUAGGAAAUGACAGGCUGUGGUUUGUGAAUCCUAUUUUUAUAGAAGAGUGCAGUAAUCCUUGUCCUCCAGAUAUACCUUCUCCUAAGGGCCACUCUGGGAGCACUGAACUCCCUCCUGCCACCAUGAUUACUGAAAGGAGGUCUCCUCGACGGCCUCCUCCCCCUCCACCUUCUCAUGCUCUCAUUCAGAAAUCUUCCCUGAAGCUCCCACAGGACCCCAUGACUGUCUGUGAAGAAAACAAGCUUCUUAAUAAGCCACUAGGAAAGAGCUUCAAGGAAAUGAAUAUUGAAGGCAGUGCCGAUAAAGAAGAAAGGAAGCAGAGCUGCUCGGCCAAUGUGCCCUCGGCAGUGAGCCCCAGGAAGGGCUCCCAGCCCUCUGUUCCCCCGCGGAGGCGGCUGAGUGAGAGAACCUCAGAGGAGAGCUGUGUGGGUAAUCCUGAAAAUUGUGAAAUGCUGAAAGGGGAAGGGACAGAAGAAAACCAAGAUACAAGUGCAGAGGGCAGAGAUAAAACACGGCUGUGCGAAAAGGCUGUAGAAAUGCCUGGGGAGGUUCCCAAAAGGGCUGUAUCACAGUUUCAGGAGACAAAGCCUGAACCUGUAGAGAAGAAGGAGGACAUGCCUAAGAUACAAAGCAAUGCCACUGAGAAAGGAAAGUCACCUCCUAUCCCACCACCGAGAAGGAAGAGAGUUUCCCAGGUACCAAGCAUCCCCAGCUCCUGCCAGUCGAAGCAAAGAACAGCAGCAGAGACAGCCGUGGCCACAGGGCAGGCUGUGUGCAAGGGCAGCCCAGCUCCAGUGACAGGUGGUGCCACUUGGGCACACACCAAGCCUGAACAGGGACAUGGCCACAAAUCUGUCAGCUCAGCUGAACUGGAAGGGUCGCGCUUGUCCCUGGAGGACCUGGGAGGCAGCACCAUGGCUCAGGCAUCAACAUCUGAGCCAGACUCCUACUCCACCAGCAGCACUGAGGAUGACCUGGAGAUGCUGAGUGGUUCAUCUGGUAAAAAGACACGCUCCGUGAUCUUGGCCAAGGCCAAAAACAGGCUGUCCUUGGUGAACCUGUCCAACGUCUUCACGGUCUUUUUGUCUAGUGACAGGAAGCUGCAGAAGAAGAUAGUGGAGCUGGCACAGGACAAGGAGUCAUACUUCGGCAACCUGGUGCGGGACUACAGAGUGUACAGUUUAGAGAUGAUGGCAAAGCAGAGCUCCAGCACAGAGAUGCUACAAGAGAUCCGGCUGAUGAUGACGCAGCUGAAGAGUUACUUAGUACAGAGCACUGAGUUGAAAUCUCUGAUAGACCCAGCCUCCUACACCGAGGAACAGUUAGAAGUGAUUGCUGAGACAGCUUUGUACAAAUGUGUCCUGAAACCUCUAAAAGAAGCCAUUAAUUCUUCCUUAAAAGAAAUACACAACAAAGAUGGAUCUUUACAGCAGCUGAAAGAGAACCAACUUGUGAUACAAAACACGACUACCACUGACCUGGGUGUCACAACCAGUGUGCCUGAUACUGCUGUGCUGGAAAAGAUCCUUCACAAGUUCACAACCAUGCACAAGACCUAUUCUCCGGAAAAGAAAAUUGCCAUCUUGCUGAAGACCUGCAAACUCAUCUAUGACUCCAUGGCUCAGGGAAAUCCAGGGAAGCCCUAUGGUGCAGAUGACUUCCUCCCUGUGCUCAUGUAUGUGUUGGCCCGCAGCAACUUGACUGAAGUCCUUCUGAAUGUGGAGUAUAUGAUGGAGCUCAUGGACCCUGCUCUGCAGCUAGGAGAAGGCUCCUAUUAUUUAACCACCACCUACGGGGUCCUGGAGCAUAUCAAAAACUAUGACAAAAUCACUGUGACACGGCAGCUGAGUGUGGAGGUUCAGGACUCCAUCCACCGCUGGGAGCGACGGAGAACGCUGAACAAGGCCCGGGCUUCCCGCUCAUCAGUGCAGGAUUUCAUCUGUAUCUCCUUUCUGGAAGUCAGUGGUCAAUCAAGGACACUUGCUUCUCGUCGCGACACCACAGCUGAGCAGCUGAGCCAGCAGUGUGCCGAGAAGUUUGAAGUGUCUCAUCCCAAGGACUAUGGACUCUUUGUUUAUGUUGAUGACCAGUGGCUGCAGCUGGACAAAGAUGCCCUUCCACAUCAUAUCAAAGCCUCCCUUCUGAAGAGUGAAACCAAGAAAGAUUUUAAUUUUAUUUAUAAACCAAUUGACCAUAAAACCCCACCAGUUCCAAUUGUCAAAGAGUCAGACUUUUCCUAAGUGCCAUGCUGUUUUUUUCCUGUCUUUGCUGUCAUCCUGGAAGAGCUGGAUAAUUUACCUUGUGAGAUCCUCUGGUAUCUGCAGACCUUGGAAGUUCUCUGGAGUGUGGCCUUCAACAUAGGGCAGAUGGGCUAAUUGUAGAUGGUGUCUGAACACACGGCAUUUCUCGGUAGAGGUCAUUUGCAGAAGUAAAAGGAGCAUUCAGGAGAACGGUCAUCCUCUGGAAAACUUGAAGUAUCAAGCCUCAGAACCUCUCAGCUGCAACCAGCCGACACUGCAGAAUGUAAAUGAACAGUAGAGAAAAUCCAGAGAGCUUGCAAAAAAGUGGACAUGUACUUUAUAAUAAACAAUGGCAGGUGUGAAUCACAUCUGUGCACAAGGCCUUUGAAAGGCCUGCACACACCUCAGUCUGUUUGGAGGUAAGACUGUUUGUGCUUUAUGGUAUCUGUUCACCCAGUUUGAAUAAACUGGGUCUUGUCUGAUGUAUUCAGUGCAUAGGGGUGCCACCGGUAGAAGAACUCCAUCUCUGUCUUGCUGUCAACAACAUGUCUUUGCCUUUGAAAUCCACAUAAUUACAAGCAGUGCAAGAUGACCCUGUACUUUCACUAAGAAUAUGUUUUUUGCCUUCUAUCUGUCACUCAAAUCAGGUAGCAUAGGCAUUUUCAUCAAUGCAUUUUUACUAAAGAUUCAAAAUUUUCACCAUCAGUUUUAAAUGUACAGCAGUUUUAUUCAUGUUGAUUGUUUGAUAGUGUCUGGUUAAUUGUAUAUUUAUUACAAUGUGUGAUAUGGUGCAAUUAUUUUAAAAUAAGUCUUUGUAAAGAACUUAAUAAUUUGCCCAGUGUAUCAAACCAGAUUAGAACUUGAAAGUCAAAAGGAGUUAGAAUUAAAUACAAAUCCCUUUUUACAUUGCUGUCAUUUUCACAAGUGUUAUCCUAGCUGUAAUUCCCACCAGGUUAUAACUUCAAUAAAUUCAGGCUGUUGCAGACAGAA